GCGUCAGAGCUCAGCCGCAGGGACGGCAACCCGGCGCGAGUGACACGCCAGAGGGAGCACGGGCAACAUCUCUGGGACAACUCCAGGAAUCAUGCAUUUCUUAUUCAGCUUAGCCUUUAUCUUUUACGUUUGGGGCUUUUUUACUAUUCAGGGACAAAAGAAAGCGGAGAGCACAGAGGAAGUGAAAAUAGAAGUUUUGCAUCGUCCAGAAAACUGCUCUAAAACAAGCAAGAAGGGAGACCUGCUAAAUGCCCAUUACGACGGCUACUUGGCCAAAGACGGCUCGAAAUUCUACUGCAGCCGGACACAAAAUGAAGGCCACCCCAAAUGGUUUGUUCUCGGUGUUGGGCAAGUAAUAAAAGGACUAGACAUUGCUAUGAUGGAUAUGUGCCCGGGAGAGAAGCGAAAAGUAACUAUACCGCCUUCAUUCGCAUAUGGAAAGGAAGGCUAUGUGGAAGGCAAGAUUCCACCUGAUGCAACAUUGAUUUUUGAGAUUGAACUUUAUGCUGUGACUAAAGGACCACGGAGCAUUGAAACGUUUAAGUAUAUAGACGUGAAUAAUGACAGACAACUCUCUAAAGACGAGAUAAACCAUUACUUAAAAAAGGAAUUUGAAAAAGAUGAGAAGCCACGUGACGAGUCAUAUCAGAAUGCAGUUUUAGAAGAUAUUUUCAAGAAGAAUGACCAUGAUGGUGAUGGGUUCAUUUCUCCCAAGGAAUACAAUGUGUAUCAACAUGAUGAACUGUAGUAUAUUUUAACUUCUACAUUUUCUUAGCUACUUACUGUACUUUUAUAUAAAAAACAAAGUCAUUUUUCUCCAAGUUGUGUUUUCUAUUUUCUCCUCAUCAGAAUAUAUUUUGGUCCCCCUCAAUACGUGUAAUUUUAGUGUAAAAAUAAAUAUGAGGCUGUUUUGCAAAUUUAAAUUUCCAGAACCUAGUCACGAUUGUUUCCUAGUGCUUUAUUCUGUGAUAUGAACACAAAUUGCAACACCUUGAAGUACCCAUUGACCUCUGUGUGGGCAAUUUUCCCUCUUCAGGAUAUGUUGUUGUUGUUGCUGGGUGCCGUCGAGUCGGUUCCGACUCAUAGCGACCCUAUGCACAACAGGACGAAACACUGCCUGGUCCUGAACCGUCUUCACAAUCAUUGUUAUGCUUGAGCUCAUUGUUGCAGCCACUGUGUCAGUACACCUCGUUGAGGGUCUUCCACUUUUCCGCUGACCCUGUACUCUGCCAAGCAUGAUGUCCUUCUCCAGGGACUGAUCCCUCCUGACAACAUGUCCAAAGUAUGUAAGACGCAGUCUCGCCAUCCUUGCUUCUAAGGAGCAUUCUAGCUGUACUUCUUGCAAGACAGAUUUGUUCGUUCUUCUGGCAGUCCAUGGUAUAUUCAAUAUUCUUCGCCAACACCACAAUUCAAAGGCGUCAAUUCUUCUUCGGUCUUCCUUAUUCAUUGUCCAGCUUUCACAUGCAUAUGAUGCGAUUGAAAAUACCAUGGCUUGGGGUCAGGUGCACCUUAGUCUUCAAGGUGAGAUCUUUGCUCUUCAACACGUUAAAGAGGUCCUUUGCAGCAGAUUUACCCAAUGUGAUGCGUCUUUUGAUUUCUUGACUGCUGCUUCCAUGGCUGUUGAUUAUAGAUCCAAGUAAAAUGAAAUCCUUGACAACUUCAGUCUUUUCUCCGUUUAUCAUGAUGUUGCUCAUUGGUCCAGUUGUGAGGAUUUUUCUUUUCUUGAUGUUGAGAUGCUGUGGUCUUUGAUCUUCAUUAGUAAGUGCUUCAAGUCCUCUUCACUUUCAGCAAGCAAGGUUGUGUCAUCUGCGUAACACCAGUUGUUAAUGAGCCUUCCUCCAAUCCUGAUGCCCCGUUCUUCUUCAUGUAGUCCAAUUUCUCAUAUUAUUUGCACAGCAUACAGAUUGAAUAGGUAUGGUGAAAGAAUACAACUCUGAUGCACACCUUUCCUGACUUUCAACCAAUCAGUAUCCCCUUGUUCUGUCUGAACAACUGCCUCUUGAUCUAUGUAAAUGUUCCUCAGGAGCACAAUUAAGUGUUCCGGAAUUCCCAUUCUUUGCAAUGUUAUCCAUAAUUUGUUAUGAUCCACACAGUCGAAUGCCUUUGCAUAGUCAAUAAAACACAGGUAAACAUCCUUCUGGUAUUCUCUGCUUUCAGCCAGGAUCCAUCUGACAUCAGCAAUGAUAUCCCUGGUUACACGUCCUUUUCUGAAACUGGCCUGAAUUUCUGGAAGUUCCCUGUCGAUACACUGCUGCAGCCAUUUUUCAAUGAUCUUCAGCAAAAUUUUGCUUGCGUGUGAUAUAAAUGAUAAUGUUCUGUAAUUUCCACAUUCGGUUGGAUCACCUUUCUUGGGAAUAGGCAUAAAUAUGGAUCUCUUCCAGUCAGUUGGCCAGGAAGCUGUCUUUCAUAUUUCUUGGCAUAGAUGAUUGAGCACCUCCAGCACUGCAUCUGUUUGUCGAAACAUCUCAAUUGAUAUUCCAUCAAUUCCUGGAGCCUUGUUUUUCGCCAGUGCCUUCAGAGCAGAUUGGACUUCUUCCUUCAGUACCCUCGGUUCCUGAUCAUAUGCCACCUCUUGAAAUCGUUGAACAUCGACUAAUUCUUUUUGAUAUAAUGACUCUGUGUAUUCCUUCCAUCUUCUUUUGAUGCUUCCUGUGUCGUUUAAUAUUUUCCCCAUAGAAUCCUUCACUAUCGCAGCUCGAGGCUUGAAUUUUUUCUUCAGUUCUUUCAGCUUGAGAAACGUUGAGCGUGGUCUUCCCUUUUGGUUUUCUACUUCCAGCUCUUUGUACGUGUCAUUAUAAUACUUUGUCUUCUCAAGAAGCCCUUUGAAAUCUUCUGUUCAGUUCUUUUACUUCAUCAAUUCUUCCUUUUGCUUUAGCUGCUCGAUGUUCAAGAGCAAGUUUCAGAGUCUCCUCUGACAACCAUUCUUUCUUUCCUGUCUUUUCAAUGACCUCUUUCUUCAAGCAUGAUGUCCUUCAUGUCAUUCCACAACUCAUUUGGUCUUCGGUAACUAGUGUUCAAUGCAUCAAAUCUGUUCUUCAGAUGGUCUCUAAAUUCAGGUGGGAUAUACUCAAGGUCAUAUUUUGGCUCUCGUGGACUUGCUCUGAUUUUCUUCGGUUUCAGCUUGAACUUGCAUAUGAGCAAUUGAUGGUCUGUUCCACAGCCAGCCCCUGGCCUUGUUCUGACUGAUGAUAUUGAGCUUUUCCAUUGUCUCUUUCCACAGAUGUAGUCAAUUUGAUUUCUGUGUGUUCCAUCUGGCAAGGUCCAUAUAGUUGCUGUUUAUGUUGGUGAAAGGAGGUAUUUGCAAUGAAGAAGUCAUUGGUCUUGCAAAAUUCUAUCAUUCAAUCUCCAGCGUUGUUUCCAUCACCAAGGCCAUAUUUUCCAACUACCGAUCCUUCAUCUUAGUUUCCAACUUUCCCAUUCCAGUCACCAGUAAUUACCAAUGCAUCUUGAUUGCAUGUUUGAUCAAUUUCAGACUGCAGCAGCUGAUAAAAAUCUUCCAUUUCUUCAUCUUUGGCCUUAUUGGUUGGUGCAUAAAUUUGAAUAAUAGUCGUGUUAACUGGUCUUCCUUAUAGGAGUAUGCAUAUUAUCCUAUCACUGACAGCGUUGUACUUCAGGAUAGAUCUUGAAACGUUCUUUUUGACGAUGAAUGCAACACCAUUCCUCUUCAAGUUGUCAUUCCCAGCAUAGUAGACUAUAUGAUUGUCUGAUUCAAAAUGGCCAAUACCAGUCCAUUUCAGCUAAUGCCUAGGAUAUCGAUGUUUAUGUGUUCCAUUUCAUUUUUGACAAUUUCCAAUUUUCCUUGAUUCAUACUUCGUACAUUCCAGGUUCCAAUUAUUAAUGGAUGUUUGCAGCUGCUUCUUCUCAUUUUAUGUCAUGCCACAUCAGCAAAUGAAGGUCCCGAAAGCUUUACUCCAUCCACGUCAUUAAGGCAGACUCCACUUUGAGGAGGCAGCUCUUCCCCAGUCAUCUUUUGAGUGCCUUCCAACCUGGGGGGCUCAUCUUCCAGCACUGUAUCAGACAGUGUUCUGCUGUUAUUCAUAAGGUUUUCACUGGCUAAUGCUUUUCAGAAGUAGACAGCUGGGUCCUUCUUCCUAGUCUGUCUUAGCGUGGAAGCUCAGCUGAAACCUGUCCUCCAUGAGUGACCCUGCUGGUAUCUGAAUACUGGUGGCAUAGCUUCCAACAUCACAGCAACAUGCAAGCUGCCACAGUAUGACAAACUGACAGACAAGUGCGAGCUCCAGGAUAUAGGAGGAAAUAUAUGUCAAAAUCUGCAAGCUCUUCUCAACUCUAACCUUAACAAUGAGUAUAAAUAUGUAAAUAUUCCAUUUUAAUAUCUUAAAUGUUAAAAUGGCCCAUAUUUUUAAAAUAUUCAUUAGGGACCCAAGAAUGAUCAUUUUACAUAUUUAUACAUUUCAUAACAUUACUGAUGAUAAGUUACAUAAUCAUAGGACUGAAGAGUCUUCUUCUGGUAUGAAUGCAGGAAGAUAGUGGUACAUCUCUGUCCCCCAGAGGGUCUUAGCACUGCCUCUGUAUUUUUUGAUGCAAGCCUCUGGCCUUGGGAUAUUUGUUCCAGUGGGGAAUGAUGCUUAAAGAUGUUUGACCAGAACAGACACUUUGUGCCUCUUUAUCUUAUAAGAGGCACACAAUCUAUGCUACUCUUGGUCUUAUACUCCUUCAAAUAUUAUAAAUGCAGUACUCCUCUUCCUUCCUGUUGACCUUUAACUUUGUAAGUUAUCUACCACCCCUAAGUUUUUGUCAUGAUAGUUUUAAACUGAUGCUAUGGAAUUUCUCAGUGUCCAGUUCCCUUUGUCUAGGUCUCUCCUUCCUAUGUCACUUCAUUUCACAACAUUCCCAUCAUUAAUAAUGAAUGAUCAUUAAAAGCUGGUAUGCCGUUGUUGCAUUUUGUUAAAUGUGUAAAAUUUAUUUUGCUAUAAAUGAGGUUAGACAGUGCCAUGGCAGUUUUGUGUCCUGGUCAAAUCAUGACAUGGUCUGACUUGUUGAGAACAGGAGAUAAUAGAUGCCGUAGAAGUUCAAGUUGGUGCCAAUGAAAGGGCAUACAUUUAUUGGAACAGGAAACAUUUUGCCUACUGCAUAUGAAGGAAAGUAUAGUCAGGUAAUACAUAGCUCUAUUCAGAACAGCUGAUUUCAAAACUAGUAAAGUUUUUUAUGUUUUCUGAAAUUUUCUCUUUCCAAACCAUUGUUCAUCUUUUGACCUCUUUAGAUGUACUCUCAAAACCUCUAUUCAUAUUGUAGGGGUAACAAAAACCACCAGACUAGUAGGUAUUAUGUAUGUGUGGUACAGAAUUUUACACCUCAUAAAACAAAAACCUAUUAUUAUCUUUCCUUUCUUCCCAAUAUUUAUUUUUAUACCCAAAUUUUAUAACAUCUCACUUAUUUAAACAACUCUUUCAUCUUUUUCCUUCCCUUAGAAAAUCUGCCCAGCUGAAGUAAACUAGGUUGAUAAUAGCAUAAUAUUUUUUAUUUGGGUUUGGAAAUUGCCCCCCUUCUUUAUACAUCACUUAUGCCUUUUUGAUGGAAACCCUGGUAGCAUAGUGGUUAAGAGCUACGGCUGCUAACCAAAAGGUCAGCGGUUCAAAUCCAUCAGGCGCUCCUUGGAAAUGUAUGGGACAGUUCUACUCUGUCCUAUAGGGUCGCUGUGAGUCGGAAUCGACUCGAUGGCAACGGUUUUUUUUACCAGGUUUAUCCCUUUUUGAUCAAUGUACUCAUAUUUGCAUUGAUUGGUGUACUUUUACCAAAAUAAAACAAAAAUACCGUAAAAGAAUAUAUAUGGAAAUUGCCUGUCAUGGAUUGAAUUAUGUCCCCCCAAAAAUGUGUGUUAUCAAUUUGGCUGGGCCAUGAGUCCCAGCAUUCUGUGGUUGUCCUGCAUUUUGUGAUUGUAAUUUUAUGUUAAAGAGUAUUAGGGUGGGAUUGUAACACCCUCACCAGGUCACAUCCCUGAUCCAAUGUAAAGGGAGUUUCCCUGGGGUGUGACCUGCACCACCUUUUAUCUCUCAAGAGAUAAAAAGAAAGGGAAGCAAGCAGAGAAGGGGGACCUCAUGCCACCACGAAAGCAAUGCCAGGAGCAGAGUGUGUCCUUUGGACCCAGGUUCCUGCGCAGAGAAACUCCUACUUUGGGGGAAGAUUGAUAAGAAGGCCGACACAGAGAGAAAGCCUCUCCCUGGAGCUGACACCCUGAAUUUGGGCUUUUAGCCUACUUUACUGUGAGAAAAUAAACUUCUGUUUGUUAAAGCCAUCCACUCGUGGUAUUUCUGUUAUAGCAGCCGUAGAUAACUAAGAUGUUGCCAAAUCAAAAAAACCAAACCCGUUGCCGUCGAGUCAAUCCUGACUCAUAGCGACCCUAUAGGACAGAGUAGAACUGCCCUAUAGAGUUUCCAAGGAGCACCUGGUGGACUCGAACUGCCAACCUCUUGGUUAGCAGCCAUAGCACUUAACCACUAUGCCACCAGGGUUUCCAAGACAUUGCCCCAUAAUAUAAUCUUUAUAAUUCAAUCCUUUCUAUCCCAUUCUUUUUCAUACAAAGUGCUUUUAAAUGUAUGUUUUUAAAAGUUAUGGAUGAC